GCAGAAGAAUAAAUAUUCGGAGGCGGUGCACGGUGGCCGCCGCCUUCGGAGGGGAGAAGAGAAGGAAAGCCGUAGCAUUGGUGCCGGCACCGCCUCUCCCUCUCUCUCCGCCUCUUCCGCUUCCGAAGACCAUUAGAGCUUCCCUACUUUGUCCUUGCUGGAUCCGCUACCUCGAAUACGAUCGCACCGCCCGAAUCUGGUUCCAGUCGUCACGGAUCGAGACGGUUAAUCGCAGGACUUAGGCUUGGCAUACAUACUUCUAAGCAAUUAAGUGCGAAAUACUGGAUCAGAAUACAGUGGGCGUCAUUCCCUGAAACUCACAAAUCGGAGGAGAAUUCAAGAUGGAGAGUCAGCAGCUUAGACUCUGUGACAUUGGACAGCUGUUCACUGAAUUCUUACUUGAUACAAGGGUUCCAAGAGUAGAAGUUAUCUAUCCUCAGCCUCGCCAUGUGGUGAAAGUCCCUCCCAUGUUAGAUUGUGUUGGCAGUUUGGGUUCCAAGGCAAAGUGCAAUUUGCCUGCUCAACAAGGAGAUAAUAACAAUCUCAAUUUCUUCGACAUAUUUUUCAAUAAGGAUGAAACUGGAGACGAUCAAACUGCUUUCUUUUGUGGUACUCCUCCUGUAAGAACAGACAAUCCUAUGGUCUGGGAUUCUUUCUUUACUAAAGAAAACCUAGCAUUCAGUCCAACAAUAAUCCAUGAAUCAAGGGGACAACCUCGAGUAGAACAAAACCAGCAGUUCAUUGUUCAACACAAAACCAGAAUUGGUUUCUCAGAGCAUUAUCAGCACAAGUUCUGUUCCUAGCCUUGUGAUUUCCACUUUGUCAUGAUCUUUACUUAGUCUUGACUGUAGCUUCCCUAUUAGUACUGUACACAAUUUUCCUCUCCCUUUCAAUAUCCUGUGCCAUAUCCCCAGAAUUAUUGUACAUUGAGCCUUGUGAUAUUAAUAUCACUAUAAAUCCAUCUCAAACUCUCUGAUUGUUUGGGAAUAUUAGUAUGUAAACAUAUGUUUCCGUAAUAUAAAAUAUCAUUCUUAUUCA